UUCUCUGCAAACGACGAUGGUCAGGCAGCUCAAGCACCACGAGCAGAAGCUCCUCAAGAAGGUCGACUUUCUCAACUGGAAGCAAGAUGCAAAUCUUCGCGAGAUCAAGGUUAUGCGCCGGUACCACAUCCAGGACAGAGAAGACUACCACAAAUACAAUAAACUAUGUGGCUCCCUGCGCUCCCUAGCCCACCGCCUCUCCCUCCUCCCGGCCCAGGACCCAUUCCGCGCCCGCAUGGAGGGCCAGGUCCUCUCCAAGCUCUUCGACAUGGGCGUCCUCAACGCCCAGGCCAAGCUCAGCGACGUAGACAACAAGCUCACCGUCGCAGCCUUCUGUCGCAGGCGCCUCGCCGUCAUCAUGGUCGUGGCGAAAAUGGCAGAAACUGUUAGCGCGGCGGUCAAGUUCAUCGAACAAGGUCACGUACGCGUCGGUCCAGAUAUGAUCACUGAUCCAGCCUACCUCGUAACACGACACAUGGAAGACUUCGUGACCUGGGUAGACACCUCGAAGUUGAAGAGGACUGUCAUGAGCUACAACGACGAGCUCGACGACUUCGACCUUCUAUAGUCUCCCUUUUUCUCACCACGCUCGGUACGAUUACACUCCUCUUCCUCGACAGAGACUGGACCUCACCCGCGAUGCCUCACCCGAUCGCCGUCUUCCCUCCUCGUCUUCCCUCCUCGUUGACUUGCCCAUGCGCUCGGUCGAUCACCGGCCGUGGCCAUAUGCCACCCCCAGUUCCACGUCUAAAAAGCUAAAAGCUACCCGCCAAAGGCCAAAACCGAAACUGAACCCAAAAAGUAUCAUAAUCUCUCUCGGGUAUAACAAUAACUUAUUCGGUGUACGUCUCUUUGUCUCGCUGCUUGCUUUGUGUCUUCGUGUCUUUGUAUGGUUAUGAUUCGUUCGGUGCUUUGACUUUCUCAUGAUGCGUGUGAGAUCGAAUGCUGAAUGCUGC